GUGGGAGUCAGCGGAUCAGGAGAGGAUGUUUGAGGACCUGAUUGAAGGCUUCUCUGGUCUGGAGCCCCAGGUGUCUCCGGGGGGCGGGGCAUGUCGGAGGGGCCGGGGUCUGGAGGAAGUAGAGGGGGUGGAGUCCAGUCUAAGUGUGGGACAGUUUGUCCUCUGUCAUUGGUCAGAUGGACUGUACUACCUGGGCAAGAUACAGAGGGUAAGCCCCCCCAAGCUGAGCUGCUUCGUCACCUUUGAAGACAACUCCAAGUUCUGGGUCCUCUGGAAGGACAUCCAACAUGAAAUUGUCCCAGUCCACCAUGAUGAAGGAUACCCCAAAGCUCUUACAGAGUUCUGUAGUACUGGUGUGCCCGGCGUGGAGCCUCGCUGCUCUGUGUGCCAGGAGGCGGGGCCAAACUCUGACAGCCAAUUAAACCAAAGCAACCAGAUCCUCAUCUGUGGCAAGUGUGGCAUCGGUUUCCACCAGCAGUGUCACAUCCCAACAGUAGAGGACAGCAGCAGUCUCAGUCCCUGGUUCUGCAGGCGAUGUGUCUUCGCUCUGGCUGUCAGGAAAGGGGGUGCUCUGAAGAAAGGUCCUAUAGCCAAAGCUCUGUCAGCUAUGAAGCAGGUGUUACCGUACGAAUUGGACUGUCUGGACUGGGACUCUCAGCACCGGACCAAUCAGCAGCAGUGUUACUGUUACUGUGGGGGCCCCGGAGAGUGGUACCUGAAGAUGCUGCAGUGUUUCAAGUGUCAGCAGUGGUUCCAUGAAGCCUGCACCCAAUGUCUGCAGGACUCCAUGAUGUUUGGCGACAGGUUCUACUUCUUCCUGUGUUCGGUCUGUAAUAAGGGAUCAGAGUACAUCCGUCGUAUGUCUCUCAGGUGGGUCGAUCUGGUUCACCUGGUUCUCUACAACCUGUCGGUCAGCAGCAAGAAAAAAUACUUUGAGUUGGACGAGAUCCUGGCCUUCGUCUCUGCCAACUGGGAACAUUUACAGCUCGGAAAGCUGUCCAACACUCCUCCAGCAGAAAGAGGGCAGCAGCUGCUGGAUGCUCUGAACAAAUACAAGAGCAAGUUUCUGUGUGGGAAGGAGAUAAAGAAGAGGAAGUGCAUCUUUCGUCUGAGGACCAGAGUCCCUCCCAACCCACCCUCCAAGUUCUUAACCGAGCGUGCUCAGAACGACGGGGGGCGAGGCCGUAAGAAGGGUGUAACCAGAAACAGUGCUGCGUCUGAAAGAAAGAAAAGGAAGUCCAAGUGGCUCCUAGAAGACGCCAUACCUAACAAUGAGCUUUCCUGCAGCUGGACGUCCAACCAUCACAUGGCCAGCAUCUUUGACUUCACACUGGAUGAGCUGCAGAGCCUCAAGAGUACCUCCACUAGGACCAUCAGUAUCGAUCAGGACUCCACUGAUGCCUCCACUUCGGGUUCUGCUACAACCAGCACCUCCUACCAUUUCAGGAGGAGGGUGGGGAGCAGAAAGAGGAAGUUGCCUAGUAACAGCUACAGCCAGUGGACCAAUCGCAGUGAGGCAGGGGAGGAGCUUGGUGGGGAGGAGCUUUCUGGGAUCCUGGAAAACCAAGAGGCUAUGACCCCCCUGUCAUCAGACCCUUCCCACUUCCUAUCAGACCCUGCCCAGAUCCCCUCUGACUCCUCCCACCUCCACUCCUCCAUCUCCUCGUAUUUUGGCGUGGUGGGCAGGCUGACCAAUGGGGAGCCAUACCAGGUGUUGGCUCGCCGUGUCACUCCUCAGGGCACGGUCCAGUACCUGCUGGAGUGGGAGGGAACAACACCUUAUUAGGACAUUAACAGAGGGAUGAGGUGUAGAUGUCAUAUGAUGCUUUGAUUCCGCCUCCUUCACACUGGCUGCUGAUUGGUCACUCAGUUCUGGGACCUCAUGGGUAAUGACAUUGACAUAUCCAUGACAACAGGCCACCUGAUGGACUAACUGAUCUGAUGAUAAUGCUUUUAAAAAUGUCAGCAACCACAACCUUCUGUGCUUUUCAGCCAUUGUUAAAAACACAAGGAAUACAUCCCAUUUCUCCACGAGAAUAAGAAAACACUGACUUUUAACAUCCGAAGUGUUGCAAUAGUGUUUUCACAGUGAAGGGUUAGACCCCAGUCUCUGUCUCCUGAUCAGACAUAUCCUUACAAAACCCUGUUCUAUACAUGUCUCUGCAAACCUGUCAGACUUGUCCCUGUAAAACCCUGUUGCACAUAUAGUAUGUUCCUACACAAUGUCAGAUGUGUCCUCACAAACCUCUGUCAGGUGGUUUUGAGGAGAGUGAAGGUAUCGGGUAUCAAAGCUGAUCAUGAUCCUGUAAAAACAGUAUUUAGCGAAAUCAAGGAAAAUUUUUAAAUAUAGCCAAAGGCCGUGCAUGCUCUCACACACUCUGAGUGUUACAUGGAUAUUUAGUGUUCAGGUCUGAAUAUUAUCAGACUGACAGGAGCGUCUCUCUUCUGUCAGACCAUUCUUCUUCUCUUCCUCUGAGCUGUUGAACAGUCAGAGGCUCCUGUAGUUUUCUGUAGUGACCCCAGCUGUCAAACAGCACACUGCCUUACUUGUCCUCAUGUUAUACUUGAGACAGAAUGGGAGUUCACUGGAUUUUUCCAGUUAUCCAGACUUUUAGUGGUUGCAAGGCUCAUUUCUGAGGGCAAUGUAAAUCGGAGGAGAAAAUCGGGUGGGUCGCUGUAAACCUGAAAGAUGGUGAGUGAUAAUUUGCGACACCAGACCAAAAGCCACUUUGUAUCUGUAUUCCUGAUUGUCUAACAUCGACUCCCAAUGCAUUAGUAAAUUUGCUUGUGAUCGGUCCAUUCCCUGAAUCUGUAUUAGCUGUGAAAUUUCAUCGCAUCCAACCCGCAGUUUCAUGUAAGACAUUUACAACAUUCAUCUGGUGACUUGAAGCCUUAUUUUGUGUACAUGUAACAAAUUCAGACAUUAUAGUUGAAUGGUUACACUAAUCCUAUUGAAUUUCAGGGUAAGAGUAGCAGAGAUUACGCUGCCUACUUGAGAUAGAGAAAAUCUGUAACCAACCGGACUGGGGCAGGCCGGUUUUGGGAUAUUGUGAUAUCAGCCUUUAUUAAAGUCUCACAUUAAGUUCAGAUAACAGACUCAGUCUCUGACUGUGCAGUCAUGUUGGGAAGAGAUCACUUCCUGUCAAUAUUUCAUCUCCAUAUGCCAUAAUAAAUUAGACUUGAAGGAUCAGCUUCCCAGAAUACAGUGUUUCUUGUGUUAGCCCUCAGAGUAACAAUCGGUUUCCUGUUCUAACAUUCGGUAUCUAUGCAAACAUCAGUCUCCGCACCAAAUGCAGCUCCCUGACUGAUGAUCAUUCACAGCCAUUAAUCGGGAGCCUUGAGCUUUUCAGAUUCUUGAGCCCUGCACAAGAAUUCCUAUAUGCCUAGACGGUCUGUUUAUGCAUAAAUGGCAAAUAAAAAUCUUGAAUCUUGAUUAGCUUGAAGCUAACAGAGCCCGUUGGUUUGAAUGAAGAAUGCUAAUUGUGCUAACAGUCUCUGAGACGUUAAACAGUCACUCAGUCACUUUAAACCUGCAGCUCCUUGCUGCCAUGGUAACCAUGCUCCCAUCCCAUUGGCUUGUUGAUGGUUGUUUUUGUCAUGUGACUGUAUGUUUGCAUUUUUUCUAUUCUAUUCUGAUCACCUGUCAGCUUUCUCUAAAAUA